AUGGACUGGAGUUUAGAGGAGGCUUGGAAGCGGACAGAUGAUAUUAUUGAGAGUGUUCAGCAGCAACCCCCUCCACUGAAACCCACGUCUUGUGGGGAAAAAUCUCUUCAGGAAAAACUGUAUGACAUUUAUGUGGAGGAGUGUGAAAAGGAGCCAGAAGCAGAGGGCCUUCGAAGCAAUGUCAACUUGCUAGAGAAGCUUAUGAAAAGAGAGCCAUUGCCAUGUUUAGUGGUCAGCCUGUACCCAGAAAACCAGGGCUAUUCUCUCAUGCUCAAGGAUAAAGAUGGAGUCCUUAUAGAGCCCUAUCCAGGGCCGUAUGUAGGACAGAAACUGCUUGAAUAUUUGGAUGCUGAAGAGUUACCUUCCUUUCUGAUUGAUAUUCUGGAAAAGUCUCCUGUGAAUGUUUUUCACAGUGGCUGUGUCAUAGCAGAAAUCCGAGACUACAGGCAGUGUGGUGACAUCUACCCUCCCGAGGAGCCUGCUGCAGAGGCUGCUGUGUCCUCUCCUGCUUGCCAAGUCCGGCAUAUUCUCUUACGUCCAACGAUGCAGUCUCUAGUAAGCGAUGUCGAGUCCAUGACAAGUGACAGCAGUCAGUGGACCCAGGAAGCAAAACUGGAGCUUGAGAGCCAACUGAUCUUAGCUACAGCAGAGCCACUGUGUCUGGAUCCUUCUGUUGCUGUCACCUGCACGGCCAACAAAUUGCUGUUUAAUGAGAAGAAGAUAAUGAUAGCCUCCAUGAAAAAAUCCUUCAUGGGUCAUGAUUGGUCCUGUCUAGACCUGGAGGAAGAAAAGCAUGCAUGUACAUCUCCUCCUGAUGUUGCAACAAUGAUCGCUUGCAGAAAACGAGCAGAGAUCAAACCAGGUGACCCAUACGAUCUGAAGAUCCCUGAAGCAGGAAAGUGUGUAGAUACAUGGAAGCAGAAACCCUGUGAACUGGUGGCCCCUUCAGAGGUGGAUGUGCAGAAAUACGCUAAAGGGAAGCAGUCUAGGCCCCAUGGCGAUGACUCAGAAUCCACAGCCUGGCCAGAUGACUCAGAAUCCACAGCCUGGCCAGAUGACUCAGAAUCCACAGCCUGGCCAGAUCCUGAGGGUCACCGACAGAGGGCAGAUGUGAUAGUCAGAUGCUUCUUCCCCAAGUUGCCCUAA